CGGACACCACAUGCUCAGGCCGACUGCAUUCCCACGGCGACGGCCUCCUGGCCGCCAUCAUGACUGUUGUUUUCCUCGCGGUGGCCAUAGCUUUUGGAUUUUACAUUCGGAUUGGUUCAAGGGGCUUUUUCCUUUCUCUGUUUGAAGGAAGCCACCCUCUCGAUCCCCAGUCAGCGUGGCGUCCUCUCAGCAACCGCUGCUGGUCUUGCUGUGACUCCUGUGCUCCCGGGCUGCCGAGCACACAUCUGGAGCUUUUAAAUCAGGCUUUUAGGUUCAUCUCUGUGAAUAAUCAUCACAAAUAUUUACUGAGCAUCCCUUAUCUCCUGGAAGCCUCGGGGAUUAUCUUGCUGAAUCCUCACCACAGUAACCCGCUGAGGGAGGUGCUACCAUCGUCCCUAUUUUUCAAGGGAGAGAACCAAGGGACAGGGUCUUGCUAUGUUGCCCAAGCUGAUCUUGAACUCCUGGCCUCAAGCAAUCCUAAUAGUUCGGUCUCCCAAAUUGCUGAGAUUAUGGGUACAAGCCACUGUACCUGGACUUCUUCUGACAUUAUAAAGCAAAGAAUAUUUUCAAGAGCUGAUGCUACUUGUGCAUAUUCCAUAUUUGCUGAGUGCCUAUUAUUGUGCUUACUAUGUCCCCACUAAGUGCCAGCACAGUUUUCAGCACUGUCUUUCUACAGGCUUAGAAAUAGCAUAGGCAUCUCUUGAAAUCCAGUGUUCUAGGGAAAGUUUUUCCUGUGGUUUUGCACAGAACCCACCACUUCCUGUCCAAGGUGAUAGCUUUAGCUGGGAGAGAAAUUAAAAAUGCCUUCUUGGAAUAGCUAUCUGAUGUGUCUAAAUAUGAUUGCUGAUGUUAGCAAUAGGACCUUCCUAUUAGCAAUUGGUUGGGCAACUGUAUGUGUGAGGCAGGGAGAGAAAGAGGAAGAAAAUACAGCUCACUAUUGCUUCCAAAUGGCAAGACUGGUUUUCCUACUACCUACUAACCAGUGUAGUUAUUAGUGUUACAUAUCACCUCUGCAUCUUAUUUAUGUAAUAUUCCAAGAAGCUAAAAAAAAAACCUCUUUUUUUUAUUUUUAAUUUUUUUACAAAUCUUAGAUUUUAUGGACACUUGCUAAAUUAUGUUGAGUAGCCACCCCUUCCUAGAUCAUAAUUGCUGUGUAACAAAUUGUCAUAUAUUUAGCAGUUUAAAACACCACACAUUUACUCACAGCUUCCAUGGGCCACGAGUGUGGGGACGAGUGACUGGGUCCUCUGCUCAGGGUCUCUUACAAGACUCCAUCAAUGUUUCAGCUGGGGCUGGGAUCUCAUCUGAGGCUCAGGGUCCUCACUCAAGGUCACAGGGCAGAAUUCAUUUCUUUCAAUCUACAGAUCUCAUGGCAGCUCGCUUUUUCAAGGCCAGCAAGGGAGAGAGUGAAUCUGCUGCUUUUAGUGUCUGACCUCUUGAUCUUCUUUUAAAUGGCUCAUCUGAUUAGGGCAGACCCACCCAGGAUAAUCGCUCUUUUGAUUAACUUACAGUCAACUCAUUAGAGAUCCUAAUUACAUCUGCAAAAAUCCCCUCACCUUUGCCUGAUAAUGUAACAUCAUCACGGGGGCAAUAUCCCAUCACUUUUGCCAUAUACUAUUGGCUAGAAGCAAAUUAAGGUCCUGCUACCACUCAAGGGGAGGGGAUUACGCAAGGGCAUGGGACAUCAGGGGUCAUCUUAGAAUUCUGGCAACCAGAAUAAGCUACUUGUGGAUAGAAGUGUUGUCAUACGUAUUUUUUGUUCAGUCAUUAUGCUCAGCGGAGAAAUAGGCACACAGCAGAAAAAUAACUGAUUGGUACGGAGAAUUUAGUGAUUGGAAAUGAAUGAAUAUUUUUAAGACACAAAGUUUCUUGCAGAGCACACUCUGAAAAAGGUCAUUUUUUACCCCUCGAUGUGUCUUAAUGGGUUGAGGUAGAGAGAAGCGUGGAUAGGUAUCAAUCAUAAGAGCACACAGGCUAAAAGAAAGAAAGAAAAAAUGAGCUGGGACAUCUAAGUUCAACUUUCACUUCCUCCUAUACAAGCUAGGUGACCUUUUCCUAUCUGGAAAGUGGGAGAAAUAGUUCCUGUCCUCCCUUACAGGGCUGCUGGGCAGGCAGAAUGAGAUGAUGGGCUGAGAGGGCUUGGAAAGAACAAACUGUGGGUACAAAGGUCUUAUUGUCCUGGCCCGAAUUGCUAAGGAGAUGGUGGUUAAUAAUAUGUUGCUAUCGCAUAAGGUAAAUGCGUGAUCACAUAGCCAAGAGACGCCUUUUUUUUCUGAUGAUCACAGUAAGACCUUCUUGAGAGACAGUCCAAGUCUCUCCAGUACAAUGGAAAAUUGCAUUUUCUAUGCACACAUUCCAGGGGAAAGAGACCCCUCCAGCGUUCUUCUCAGUUUUACCCCAAAGUUGAGUUCUGGGUCAAAAAUCUCUCAAGCAGCCUCCACAGCUGACUUCCACAGUCCCCUGUGUGUCUCUGCAAGGAACACAAAGGAAGUGAGAUAGUGGGAAGUCUGGGGCCAUCUUUGGUCACGUGAGAAUUCCCUCUCAGUUAGCCGGGGUGUGCAGCUGCACAGAAGGAAGGCAGCCAUGCAGCUCCAGUCCAGGCUGGGAGGGAGCUUUGUAGAUCCAUCUCCCACUGAGCAGGCUUCCCUCCUGCAAGGGGAGACUCUACCGAUAAUGUGUUAAGAUCAGAUUAAUGCAGGAAAUACACAUGAAAUAAAUAAUAACUGUAAUAACAGUGGCUGUCAUUGCAAUGGUUAUUUCUGUUAAAAAUAUGAGAUCUACACUAAAGAUUUCUUAGGAUAAUUUUGUCCUUGCUUAAAAGAAACUGACAGAUGUACUUUAUAAAAAUGAAAAUAAUUUAACAAAUAAAGAAUUGGAGAAUAUUGACUCACCA